AUGAUCUGUAAACGCCUGUCACGGAUGACUAUCAACGCACGCCUAAUUUUCAUCCAACUACUCCUUACAUUCUCUGUCACCAUUGCUGCAGGAGGUACUGAAACUGAAAAGACACUUGUAAGUAGUACUGGCUUGAAAAAUUACAUUGUCCAUGUAAAGAGACAAGUAGCUUCACUAUCUACAAUAAGCAGCGAAGAUCUGAAGGCAUAUCAUCGAUCAUUCCUCCCAUUUCGUCUUGCAUCCUCAGAGAAAGAGGAACCAUUACUUUACUCAUACCAAAAUGUUGUCAGUGGUUUUGCAGCAAGACUCACUGACGCCGAUAUUGAAGCCAUGAGUAAAAGAGAUGGGUUUGUAUCAGCUCGUGAAGAAAGAAUCUUGAAGCUUCAAACGACUCAUACCCCUAAAUUCUUGGGUUUGCAUCUGAAAUCAGGAAUUUGGAAAGAAUCCGAGUUUGGGAAGGGUAGCAUCAUUGGAAUGUUAGACACUGGGAUUCUACAGGAUCAUGCUUCAUUUAGCGACCAUGGAAUACCACCUCCACCUUCUAAAUGGAAAGGAAGGUGUGAGUUCAAUGCCUCAACCUGCAACAACAAACUCAUAGGUGCAAGAUCCUUUACAAUUGGUGCAAUGGCUUCAAAUAUAAGCACGACACCAAUGGAUGAAUUUGGACAUGGGACACAUACCGCAAGCACAGCUGCUGGACGAUUUGUUAAGAAUGCAGAAGCAUUCGGUGGUGCUGCAGGUGGAACAGCCGCCGGAAUGGCGCCCUAUGCUCAUCUGGCAAUUUACAAAGUAUGCUCCAAUGGAGAUUGCCCUGAUAGUGACAUACUAGCGGGGCUUGAUGCAGCAGUGGCUGAUGGAGUUGACGUGAUAUCAAUGUCUCUUGGGUUGGAUGAAAAGUUGCCCUUUUUUCAGGACAACAUCGCGAUAGCUUCAUUUGCUGCAGUUCGGAAAGGAAUCUUUGUGAGUUGUGCAGCAGGGAACUUCGGUCCGAUUAAUGGCACUGCAACAAAUCUAGCGCCGUGGGUUCUAACAGUUGGUGCUAGCACCACCGACCGGAAAAUCAAAGCCACCGCAAAACUGGGAAACAAUAAAGAAUUUGAUGGUGAAUCUUUAUUUCAGCCGAAAGGCUCCCCUUCUUCUACACUUUCACCACUCGUGUACGCUGGUGCUAAUGAGAAACAAGAUUCAAAGUUAUGUGUCAACGGAUCACUUGAAGGUAUGGAUGUAAAGGGAAAAGUGGUGUUGUGUGAGAGAGGAGUGGCAUCUAGAAUAGACAAAGGAGAAGUGGUGAAGAAGGCAGGUGGUGCAGCUAUGAUAUUGAUGAAUCAAGAAGAAGAAGGAUUCAGCCUAAAUGCCGAUGAACAUGUCCUCCCUGCAACACAUGUGAGUUACGCAGCUGGAGAAAAGAUCAAAGCUUACAUUAACUCCACACUUACACCAAUGGCAGCUUUAUUGUUCAAAGGAACAGUAAUCGGAGAUCCUUUAGCUCCAUUUGUCGCGGCAUUCUCUUCUAGAGGCCCGAAUACAGUGAGCGCAGGAAUUCUGAAACCGGACAUUAUUGGACCAGGAGUUAGCAUUCUAGCAGCAUGGGGAAGCGUUAGCAGAAAGCCCUCAUUUGACCUGCUGUCUGGAACGUCAAUGUCAUGCCCGCAUCUCAGCGGUGUUGCAGCAAUGCUGAAAGCUACUCAUCCUAAUUGGACACCAGCAGCUAUAAAGUCGGCUAUAAUGACUUCUGCAGACCUUGUUAAUCUCAAAGGUACACCAAUAGUAGAUGAAACACUCCGACCAGCUGACCUAUUUGCUACGGGUUCGGGUCAUGUUAACCCAUCAAAAGCCAAUGAUCCUGGAUUGAUCUAUGAUAUCCAACCUGAUGAUUACAUACCCUACUUAUGUGGGCUUGGGUACAGUGAUGAACAAAUUGGGAUCAUUGCACAUCGGCCGAUUAAAUGUUCAAUGAAAUCUAGCAUACCGGAAGGCCAGCUAAAUUAUCCUUCGUUUGCUGUUAAACUGGGACCACCGCAGACAUUUACAAGGACAGUGACAAAUGUUGGAGAAGCUUAUACAUCAUAUGUUGUCACGAUUACUGCACCAAAAGGAGUAUCGGUGAGUGUUAGGCCCAACAAGAUCAAUUUUACGCAGAUGAACGAGAAAGCCACAUACUCGGUGAUCUUCAGUCGCACAAAUGAGGAAGCAGCAUAUGCGGUACUUAUCUGGGUACUUGAAGACCAAGUCAGAACUGAUCAAUUGAGAAUAGUUUGUGCUGAAGUCUUGAAGAUGAGUCAUAAUCGGAUAAGAUCUAGGAUUAGCCUAACAUCUCUCCACGUGCUGUUAGCUGGAUUUCCUAUUUUCUAG